UUAUCAUUUCCAUUUUGUUUGGAUUCGGAUGGCGCGUUUGUGUUUUCAAACCAUUCUCCAAUGUUCAAAACUCAAGAAYAAGACCAUUCAAUGUGGAGAGCAUCGUGCCAUGUGUUUUGAAACGCGUUCCAAAUGUUCGAAGGCAAACGGCAACAAUAGCGCUACCAUAGCCGUGACACGCAUCCCGAACCACCAAACCGCCAGCCAGCAGAAMGCCCAGCCGGGCGCUACCCGGAAGAGGAUUUCUUUGCCCGUUUUCGAACGGGGGGUGGUUCCUGCGUCACCCGUGGAUCGGACAACCGGUGUGUUCCACGAAGCCGCGGGGUUCUGGCCGAAGCGGACAGUCGCGGGCGUUCUUGGGCCCCGCCCAUCGUUUCGAUCCUUCGCUCUACGGUGCCGUCCGGUUUUCGAACGACCGUUUCCGUGACGCUUUGGCGUCGUCCGUUUACGAUCCGGGUCGUGGUCGACGUCGAUGUCGACACGCCGCCACCACCCAUGCCGAGGGAAGACGAGGACAUGGUGAACGACGAAGACAUGGUGUUCCCAUUCAUGCCGCCCCCGUUCAUCAUUCCGUUCAUCAUCGCAAAAGGAUCGUCUCCAAAGCCUCCGAAUCCUCCGAAACCAAACAUCGAAUUGCUCUGGCGCCGGCUUCCCAUCGGGUUUCCCAUCCCACCGCUAAAGAAAGGAUCGUCGAACGGCGACCGGCUCCCUCCCAUCAUGCCUCCACCCAUGAACGAAAACGGAGAGGCACCAAAGGCACUCUGCCGGAACUGCGGUCCGGGUCCGCCUCCGUCCGUGCCACCCGCGGUUUGGUGACCAAAUUCCUCUCGGAAUACCCUGUUGAAUAUUUCGAACGGGUCGUGAAACCGAAAGGGAUCGCCACCGCCGCCAAAAUGGAAAAAGUCGUCGUGCGCCGACGACCGCCGGCGGCCGCUGCGCCCACCGCUGGCGGUCCGGUCCCGGUUGUCGUAUUCUUGCCUCUUCUGUGGGUCGCUGAGUAUUUCGUACGCGUUCGAUAUCUUGGCAAAAAUCUCCGACGCUUUCCGACGACUUUCUUCCGUGGUUUGUUUGUCCGGAUGGUGCUUCAGCGCUGGAAACCACCGCAGCCACACAGCAGCAACAGCAGCAGCAACAACAACAGCAACAUCACGAAGAAUAACAAAGAGGAAGGAAC